AUGCUUUCCUGGGUGCCCUACCUAAUCUGGCGGGUAGGCUCGAAGCGCCUGCCCAUCCUCCUGCGCUCUGCCCGUGAGGCCGCGAUCCCCGACCGCGAGCUACGUCAAAAAGCCGUUUCCUGUCUAGUUGCUACUCUGGAGGAGAUCUCCGAGUCCACUGCACGCCAAAAACGCGUCAAGUCCUCCCUCAAACGUAUCUUUUGCUCCAUUCGGCCAAAUGUCGAGAUCACCCUUCUCUUUUUCUUUGUCCGAUGCCUCUUUAUAGGCAACUCGGUGGGGCAGAUCUACCUGAUGAAGCACUUCAUCGGUAGCAAUAGCUCCUACUUUGGCAUAGACAUGCUCAACAAUUUGAUAGCUGGACGCGACUGGGAGACUACCGGUCAAUUUCCACGGGUCACCUACUGUACAGUCAAUGUUAGAAAAAUGGGACAAAUCAAACCCGCAAGCUACACUCUUCAAUGCGUACUUCCAAUCAACUACUUCGUCGAGAAGAUUUUCGUCUUUCUCUGGUUCUGGUUUCUCCUCCUGGGUGCCUUCACCGCGUUUAGCACAUUGCAGUGGGCCUUUAACACAUUGGUGCCGGUCCGACGGAUUGCCUACAUCAAGCAAUAUAUUCGGGCGAUCCGCCAGCUCUCUAACACCGAGGAACGCGACUGCACGCGCUUUGUGAAUAACAAUCUGGGUCCCGACGGAGUCCUGAUCCUCCAGGUCGUCUCGCGCGCCUCGAGUGACCUUAUCGCCCUCGACGUCACUGCCACUCUGUGGAACAACUAUCGCCACGCCAAAAUUACAGGCACCGAGGAGGAUUUCAGUCGUUUCAUCGAGAACGUUAAUCGGGGCACCUCGGCAGUUUAG